UACUGUCUGCUCGUAACCACAGCGACUUAAUGUGGAGCUGGAUGCGUUCUGGAGGAACCUGUUCGCGAUAACAGAAGAUAAAAUACUCAGCCGAACAUCUGCAGCGUUCAUGUCAUCGGAUAAAGAUGCCGUCGGCUUCGGUUAGCUCGUUUCACCUGGGCGACCGGAGAGUUUGGUCGAUGUGACAUUGCUUGAGCUUUUUGUUCUGGUCCCGGACGCAGAGCAGCGAUCGUGCUCUGGGAAGAUGUUGAGUCGGCUGAUGAGUGGCAGCGUCAGAAGCCUGGAGCGAGAAUUCAUGUGCACGGUCAGACUGCUGGAUGAUACGGAGUAUACCUGCACCAUUCAGAGGGAUGCCAAAGGCCAGUAUUUGUUCGACCUCAUCUGCCACCAUCUAAACCUGCUGGAGAAGGACUAUUUUGGCAUUAGAUAUGUCGAUCCGGAUAAGCAACGGCACUGGCUGGAGUUCACCAAGUCAAUUUCUAAGCAGAUGAAAUCACAACCUCCAUUCACCAUGUGUCUGCGGGUAAAGUUCUACCCACCAGAUCCUGCUGCUCUAAAGGAGGAGAUCACCAGGUAUCUCGUCUUCCUGCAGAUCAAAAGAGAUCUGUACCACGGUCGUCUGCUCUGCAAAACGUCUGACGCUGCCAUGUUGGCAGCUUACAUCUUACAAGCUGAGAUUGGAGACUACGACCCAGGAAAGCAUCCAGAGGGCUACAGCUCAAAGUUCCAGUUCUUCCCCAAGCACUCGGAGAAGCUGGAAAGAAGGAUUGCAGAGAUUCACAAGACCGAGUUAAUAGGUCAAACUCCAGAAACAGCUGAGCUGAAGUUCCUGCAGAAAGCAGAAAUGCUUGAAACAUACGGCGUGGAUCCUCAUCCGUGCAAGGAUGUAUCUGGUAACCCAGCUUUCCUCGCCUUCACCCCGUUCGGUUUUGUCGUGCUUCAGGGGAACAAAAGAGUCCAUUUCCUUAAGUGGGACGAGGUGACCAAACUGAAGUUUGAGGGAAAGACAUUCCAUAUAUAUGCAAAUCAGAAGGAGGACAAAAAGAUCAUCUUGACAUACUUUGCACCAACUCCAGAGGCCUGCAAGCACCUUUGGAAAUGCGGUGUUGAAAAUCAAGCCUUCUACAAGCUGGAUAAGUCGAGCCAGGUUCGUACGGUGUCCAGCAGUAACCUGUUCUUCAAGGGGAGUCGUUUCCGCUACAGAAGUCCGGCAGCUGCAGACGUUCGCUUUUCGGAGAUAAACAUGGUGAAGUGCCUAAUCCGCAUCACCACCCGGAUGAACGUCCACCUGCGCAUGAUCAACCACUGCUAUCGGGAUGUAAAGGUUCGGGUGCUGAGUUUGGGGCCUCGUAUGCUGGGAAAGGCCCUGGGCGUGCUGCCCCUUUACCCAGCCCUCACGGGGCAGCAGGACCAGCUGCGGGCAUCACCUUUGCCCAUGACUUCACCAUCUUAUGCAGUGCCCACCACAGCUUUAGGUCUGGAAUCCUUGCGGGACAGCGCCCACUCCACUCCCGUGCGUUCCAUGUCCCACGGCGACGCCUUCAUCCCACGUUCGCGGAGCCAGGCGACGGACUCCGGCGAUGGGACGGCAGUCAUCUCCGAUGAGACCUAUAGUCCCUCCGACAGCGUGCUGCCCACACCAGUGGCCGAGCACAGCCUGGAGAUGGCAGUCUCACGCCAGAUCAACGGCGCCCCCUGCAGCAUCGAGGAGGAGAAAGAGUCUGAGGCAGGCACGCCCACCGUGGGCGACAUGGCCGAGUUAGGAGCGGACAGUAGGGCGGUGGGCCCCGUGCAGAGCGCAGGCGCACUCAGCGAGACGGAACAGGUGAAUAAGUUUGUUUUAAGUGUACUCCGUCUGCUCCUUGUGACCAUUGGACUCCUCUUUGUCUUGCUCCUCCUCCUCAUCAUCCUCACUGAGUCCGACCUUGACAUUGCAUUUUUACGUGAUAUCCGCCAGACCCCCGAGUUUGAGCAGUUCCAUUACGAAUACUUUUGUCCCCUCAGACGGUGGUUUGCCUGCAAGCUCCGCUGGGCGGGCGGGCUGCUCAUUAACAAGUGAAAAUGAGGCACUAAAGCUCGUAAAGCCUCCCUUGUUGGGGUCGAGAAGACGCUAAACACGUGGAGAGAGAGAGAGAGAGAGACGGAGGGCAUCAACCCGUCCCAUGAACCCAGCUUCUUUCAUGACACUCUUGCUGACACACGGUGGACCACCAGGCCCACAGCUCCUCUUCUCUUCCACUUUUAGUUCUUUCUCCCCCGUCCAUUUUUACACCUUUAUUUUUGUCGUUUUUUUUUUUUUUUAACAAAGAUUUUACAAAGAAAUUUUUUUUCUUUUUUGGUUUCCUUAUUUUGGAUUUCAGGUCAUUUCAGGUAUUUUAUUUUUACAAAAAAAUGAGAAGAAAAAAAACACAAAACUUAAUUCAAAGACUUGAGAAGAAUAUAUCGUUCCUUAAAUAGGGAAUAUGAAAUAUUUUGUUGCAACGAGAAUGUUGCCUUCAUUUAUAUUUAUUUUAAAAUAAUAAUUAUUAAAGUCUUAUUAAAGAAUGUGGUGCAUUAAGUCAAGUUGGUACGGUAGAGUGGGAUGGAAAGCACGAGAAAGUUGAAAACCAAUGCUUUUCUGAGUUUAUGCAUAAUUAAUAUCCAUCCGUCAUGUAACUCUUAGUAAAUUCUGAAGGCUGCUAUAAAUUUACCACAUCAACGAUCAGAUCAGCAGAGGGUUAUAUGUAAGGUAAGAAUGUGCAAGUUAUUUUUGAAGCGAGAGCUGAGGAAAGACUGGAAAUGAUGUUAUUUGAAUAAAAUUGAUGGGUACAUUUGAGUUCUGUAUUUGGUGGCUUGUGUUUUAGGGUGUCAGAUACAUUUUAGGAAUAUUAUUGUGUUUAGGCGAUGGCAAGCUGUGAAGUAGAAUUCUUUUUAAAAAGGUUCUUUCUAAUGGAUACAGAAAAAUUAAUUGUGUUAUGUCAUGUGACCCAAUAGUGUCAAGUAUCUCAAAGUUAUCAUGAUUGAUUUAAAAGCAACUAGCACCCAUAGAUCCAAUCUAGUUACAGUAGAUGUGCAAUACUGUAAGGGUUUGGUUUUUAAGAAAUAAGUACAUAAUUUUUUUCACGAGUAUGUGUAUUUGCUUUAUUAUAAUAAUUUUUUUACAUUUUCCAUUCUGAGUAUUUCUCAAUAGAAAGAAAUCCCAUUGUAUGAAGUAAUAAUUUUUUUUAUUCCAUAUCGACCUUGGUUUUAAGUUUGUAUUCUGUGGAUAUCAUGCUAUGUUUAUUCUUAAUUACAAUAACAAUGCUGUACUUUUUGUACAAAAAGUAGUUAGUUUCCUAAUAUAUCGACAGUUUUUCCAUGUAUAUUUUAACAGAAACUGAAAUGUUAUUUUGUUAUUGAAAAUUAAAUUAUACCUUUUUUAGCUCUGUGUUCCAGAUGAGGUCUAGAAUCUAUGGCGUU